AUGGUAACUAUUCGACCUGAUAAAAUCAGUAGUAUAAUACGUAAACAUAUUGAACAGUAUAAUAACGAGGUCCAAGUUGUUAAUAUUGGUACUGCACUUUAUGUAGGGAAUGGCAUUUCUCGUAUUCAUGGUCUUGAUAAAGUAAUGGUAGGGGAAUUAGUAGAAUUCGUAGAUGAUAUAGUAGGUAUUGCCCUAAAUCUAGAAUCAGAUAAUGUUGGAGCUGUAUUAAUGAGUGAUGACUUGAUGAUACAAGAGGGUAGUUCUGUAAGAGCAAUAGGAAAAAUUGCUCAGAUACCAGUAAGUGAUGCUUAUUUGGGAAAGUAA